GGCCCGAGACCCGCAAUGUCGGUUCAGUCUGCUUCUUAGCCCCUCUCUCGUCGGCUCUCUCCGCAUUGCAGCGGCGAUCCAUUUUCUUAUCGCCCGGUAGCCCCUGUGGCUUGGAGAUGAGGCGCAGGGUAGGACAUCGACACAUGUGGCGCGAAUUUUUCCACUGCCCAGACGCCAGAGGGAAUGACCAGACAUCUCAACGACAUUUGGCAUUCGCAUUGACUCUCCGGCCUUGAAUGCAAUGGCUUCAAUCACCCCAAUGCGUGCAAUGGCCCUGUCUAUGGGACUCUCAAGAAGGGCCUUCUCGUGCACUGUCUGCUCAUGCCGGCGCCACCUGAGCACCUCUCGUCCAUACCUCGCUGGCAAGCCUCCGGCACCGGCACCGGCCCCGGGCGCCGCUCCUCUAGAAACGGCGAAGCCCGAUCUCCCGGGGUCGGCCAUCCACGCCCCGCGUGCUUACGGACGGAAGGUCAAGGACUUCACGCCGCAGCCUCUGCCACGGCCCAUCGGCAUGGCGCACCCACCGCACCCGGAAGACAACUCAGGCGUCGACAGGAGGUCGCUGAAACAGCGGAGGGACGACUUUGUCGACUACGACAAACACCUCGUGCGCCGUAAGGAGCUGAAAGAAAAGAUGGCCCGCCCCUACUUUCGCGACUGGCGCAACAUGCAGUUUCACGAGGGCAAGUCCUUCAUCGCGCCCCCCUUGCCCUUCAAGGCCGACAUGUCGCUCUUCUUCCCCAACUUUGUCGGCGACACGCUCGAGAAGAACGCCAACAGCCCGCGCGACACGACGCGCGCGCUGCUCGGAAAGUUGUCCGUCGUCGCCGUGUACAGCAGCCAGUGGGCCGACAACCAGGCAAAGACCUUCAUUUCGCCCGAGGCGAACCCGGCGCUGCACGAGCUCCUAGCUAAGUCUCCGGGCAAGACGCAGAUUGUGCAGCUCAACAUUGAGGACAACAAGUUCAAGGCGUGGAUUGUCAGGCUCUUCAUGGGUAAUCUCCGCAAGCAGAUCCCCGAGCACCACUGGGGCAAGUACUUCCUCGUGCCCCGCGGCAUCACCGACGAGAUCAGCGAGUCCAUCGGCUACCUCAACAGCAAGGUCGGCUACGUUUACCUCGUCGACAACCUAUGCAGGAUACGCUGGGCUGCCAGCGGUCCCGCCCGCCCGGACGAGCGGGACAGCUUGGUGAAGGGCAUGAAACUGGUUCUUCACGAGUGGAACAAGGUCGAAAAGGCGGCGCUAGAGGCCGCCAAGGUCGAAGAGGCGGCGGGCGAGAAGAAGGAGAAGUCGUAAGCCGGGGGAGGGGGACAGCUUUUUAGGGUGGCUUUGUAAAGCCGAUAGCGUGCGACAGCCAGGUCAUGAAUGACCUGGCCCUAUUGCCUACAUACCCGUGUUUUUCUAGUGUACAGUAUGCACCAAAGAUACCCUCAAUUCGAGAAAAAAAACGUCCAUAAAAAUUCCCAAGAACGCCUCCGCAGUUCCCUUAUGCCGAUAUUAUCCCCAGUCGUAACGGCUUGUUGAAAAGAAACACGAUGAAAACACAAAAGGCCGUCGUC